AUGCUUGAAUCCAUUGAAGUUAGAGAACAGCUCCAUUGGCCAGAGAUGGAAAUGUCUAAGAGCUGUGUCCUAAGCCCCAUGGAGAAGCCUGUGAGCCCCAGUCAGCUGCGUCUGGAGCGCAUAUCUUCUGGUGUUCUGAAGGACCUGUUUAACACAGCCACCGGUAGUUACAACACGCUGCUGCAGAAAGAGUCAGAUGCUCAGGAGAGCCCUAAACACUCCUCCUACAAGUGCCCCAAACGAGUCUCCACGACAAGGCAUCGCGACAGACCCCUGCCGACUCUUGCGCCUCUAACGAUGAGUGGCCUGGCCUUUGGUUGCAGAGACAGCAGGCAUGCUCAGUCGGUGUUCUCCUGUUUCUCCACCAGCAGUUCCAAGCAAACUAACAGCAUCACCGUGCUGGGCAGUGCCAUCCGCCUGGCCCCCUGCCCCAUUCCCAGGCCCAAAAACAGCUGCCCGGCUGGCACCAAACUCCCACAGCUGUCCAGAGUGCUUCCUGCUGCUCGUGAUGGAGAGAACUCAGUCAAGAAGCUCUGCAUACUCACUGCCAUAAAGCCGUCUAAUGUGGAGAAAGAGAAGGCCAGAUUUUUCAAAUCGGAAUUUAAAUACAACCCUCAGUUUGAGUACAGCAACCCUUUGCCUCCACAAGUACUAGCAAAGCACAGCACCGCUUCAGACCGCUUCCUCACACAGGCUGUGCGGAUCAUGGAGUUGGCCCUGCAGAAAUACGGCUCCUAUGAGAAGUUUGAACAGGCUACUGGAGGAAACCUCCUCACCAAGAGCCGAAUUUGGUACCAUGUCAAAAAAUACACGGAGAAGGAAGGAUGCAUGGGAGAGAUUGUGGUUAAUCUUACUGAUGACCUCCUGUCCAGAGCGUCUAUGACUGUGGUGAACAGCAGACCUACACUCACCAUUAAAACCUCUACUGCCAGAGAGCAGUGGCUGGAGGGGAUGCUGAGGCAUGAAAUCGGUACUCACUACUUCCGCGGCAUCAACAACAGUCACCAGCCGUGGAGCAGUGGCGGCGGCAGGAAGAAACACGGUUUGCGGCCCAUCAACCCCACUGAGGAGGGUCUGGCCAGCAUCCACAGCGUGCUCUUCCGCAAGGACCCCACCCUGUGGCGCGCCGCCCUGCUCUACUACACCGUCUACCAGGCCAGCCGCAUGUCCUUCUCACAGCUGUUUCACAACUUGGGCCGAUUCGUCCACGACCCCAACACACGAUGGGACUACUGCGUCAGAGCCAAACGAGGACAGACCGACACAGCACUGCCAGGUUGUUUCAGUAAAGACCAAGUUUAUCUAGAUGGCAUCCUGAAGAUCCUCAGGCACAGAGACAAGAUUGACUUCCAGCUGCUCAUGGCUCUGGGCAAGGUGUCUUAUGAGGACGUGGAGCGUCUGAAGAGUCUGGCUCUGCUGGAGCACGUGCGGAUUCCUCACUUCCUGCAGGACCAAGCGCGCUACACGGAGCAGCUUCACAAAAUCAUGGAGGUCAACCAGUUAACCGAUGAGGAGCUGUGCACAUUUAUCUGAAUUUAUGUGACCUCCGACCUCCAGCAUGAAUCUCACAAAGCCUGUCCAGGUCAUACAUUACCAUUCAUAAAUAAAAAACAUGCCCAGGUCAUAUUUCACUAAAAACUAAAGAAAGAAA